CUAAAUUAAUAAAAUAAAGAAGUGCAUUUUCCAAUUUUAAAUUAAAUAAGGAAUAAAUCAUGUAUACAUCUAAACAACCUUUUCUUAAAUCUAAGCAACCCUUUAGUAAAUCCAAGCAAACUUUUAAUAAAUCCAAGCAACCCUUUCGUAAAUCCAAGCAAACUUUUCGUAAAUUCAAACAACCUUUUCGUAAAUCUAAACAACCUUUUCGUAGGCGUCCCCGGAUUGGCCCGGGAGAUCGAAUUGAUUAUAGAAACAUGAGUUUAAUUAAUAGAUUUAUUAGUGAACAAGGAAAAAUAUUAUCGAGACGAAUAAAUAGAUUAACCUUGAAACAACAACGAUUAAUUACUCUUGCUAUAAAACAGGCUCGUAUUUUAUCUUUUUUACCGUUUCGUAACUAUGAGAACGAAAAACAAUUUCAAGCCCAGUCAAUUUCAAUAAUUACAGGUUCUAGACCCAGAAAAAAUAGACAUAUUCCUCAAUUAACGCAAAAGUACAAUUCCAAUCGAAACUUAAGAAACUACAACCAAAAUUUAAGAAACAACAACCGGAACUUAAGUUCCGAUUGUUGAUGUUUUAUUCGAAUUCGCAAGGGCCAGACCUAUAUAUAUUAUAAAGAAAGUAAUCCAGCUCGUCGAUUCCUACCACUUAAUCUUAAUUUAUUGUAUCUUCCCGGAGUUCCCUCUCCGGGAAUUCAUCUUUUAUUAUUCCAGUAUAUUACUUUAUUUAUACCUUUAAUUGAUGAUCUUUAUUUUAUUGGAAAUCGUGUAAAGAUUAUUUGGAUUUGAUACAGCUACUUGUGCAAGCAUUUUACGAUUAAGAAUCAAUUUCUUCUUGUACAGGUUGUGUAUUAAUUUACUAUAACUAUCGAAUACUUUAUAUACCCGCGUUGCUGCGUUUAUCCGAGUGAUCCACAAACGACGAAAAUCCCUCUUUUGCCUACCUCUAUCUCGAUGAGAGGAAACAAAAGCUCUUUUUACUUGUUGGGUAAUCAUUCGAUUAAGUCUUAAAUGAGCCCCUCUAAAGUUUGAGGCAAAUGAACGCAUUUUUGUUCGUCGUCUCCGGGCUAUAUAUCCUCGCGGAACUCUGGUCAUUGAAUCAAAUUAACCUUAAUGAAUAACUAAUGAUUUCUCUUCUUUUAGCCACCCUUUUUCUCAUUAAUAACAAAACUAAUUAUUCCGAUAUAUAAAAUAUUAAUUCCAAUGGCUUUUGCUAUAGUAACCUUCCCAACCACGAUUUUUUAUUCCACUCCGUUCAGUUAUUUCUAUACGAAAUAACAAAUUCAUUCUAAAUAAUACUAAAAAAAAUAGUGGGUUCCAUCGUUUCUAUGGUUCCCUUUUAAACGGUGAGGCCCUCUCUAUACACCGGAGCCCUUUCUUUCAUCAAAAAGUAUUACGAACUUGUAUAGUUCACAUUCUUUGGCUCUACCUAUCCAUUAUAGAGUAAAUAGCUCUUUUCACAAUAAGAGUUAUCCAUACAGUGACGGUAUUUAAUUAUGAAAGUUGGCUAAGUAGCUGACCCUGUUAGUCCGUUCUUUAUAAGAUAAAAGAGCAUAAGCCUUUUUCUUUUUAUUACUAUUUCCUCCGCUUAAUGGAUAACCAUUUGCUACCAAUGGGAGAAUUGCUUCUUAUUUCCAAAUUUAGAUAAUUCGAUUUGCACCAAAGGAAACCAGAAAUUCCAUAUACCAUAGAAAUCUAGGAUAGAGAAGCUAUAUCCUAUUCAUUGGUACUAAUCAGGGAUACUUCAAAUUUUUUUUAUAUUUGUUUGAAGUCAUGAUCUGAACGAGUCGCACAUACACCCUAGCACAUGUUCCUCGACGCUGAGGGCAUCCUUUAAGCGCAGCCGUUUUUCUAGCAUUUCGUAUUGGCUGUCUUGCGUUUCUAAUAAGUUGUUUAACCGUUGGCAUGUUGUAUGUAUAUAGAAAAAAAUGGAUUGGUUUAGAUCCAUCUUAACCUGAUGAUUGCUCAUCAUGAAGUCUUUCUAUUUUCUAUUAAAUCGAGGAAAACACGAAUUUAGCUGUGAAAUAACUUUACAAGAAAUCCGGACACUACCAAUCCUUAAACAUUUCCGGAAACCACACUGGAUCAGUAUCGCAGUGCUUGUCAAUCAUUUCAUCCCCUACAAUAUCGACAAGUCCAUAAGCUUUGGCUUCGUCUGCUGACAUAAAAACAUCCCUUUCCAUGUCUUCGGAUACAACCCAAAAAGGCUUGCCUGUUCUUAGUGCAUAAACCCUUGUGAUCAUUUCGCGAACUUUGUGUAACUCUUCUACUUCUAGUAAAAAUUCUGGUGUCCUUGCCCGAUAAUAAGCACUAGCAGGUUGGUGAAGCAUAAUCCUCGCGUGAGGGAAUGCUAUACGCUUGGCGGGUUCUCCUCCAAGCAGAAUGAAGGACGCCAUGGACGCGGCUAUUCCGAGGCAUAUUGUAUAUAUAUCUGGUGUCACCGUUUGCAUCGUAUCAAAAAUAGCCAUUCCUGAGAUUAGCCAACCGCCUGGGGAGUUUAUAAACAAAAAAAUAUCACUAAUUCCAUCUUCUAUACUCAGAUAUACCAUGAGACCUGUAAUAUGAUUCGUGAUCUCGCAACGAAUCUCUUGACCUAAAAAAAGUGUCCUUUCUCGAUACAUAACAUUGUAUAAGUCAACCCAAGUCGCUUCUUCAUCUCCAGGAAUCCGGUAAGGUACUUUUGGAACACCAAUGGGCAUAUUAGAUUAAUAUUAUUAAAUUUAAGUAAGAAACACUUUAAUAUGGAAACGUAAGAAUGGAACAGAAAGAAAGAAUCUGCAGUUUAUUGUCUUAAUUUUUAUUCUUAUUCUAUUCUAUUUUAUUCUUAUUCUAUUCUAUAUGAAUACUAUAGAUUCUAUUAAUACAUAGAUGGAAAGGUUAUACAUAUAAGAAAGGUAAGACAGAUUGAAUAAAGAAAAAGGAAUGGGUGAUUCGAAUGCUAAACAAAGAGGGGUAGCGAUCUAUUCUUCGUUUUUUCCAAAUUGGCCAAGUUACCCAUUGCAUAUUGGCACUUAUCGAGUAUAGAAUAGAUCUGCUUCUCUUUCUUCUUAUGAACAGAAUUGGCUUCUUAUUUUUAAUGGAAUGAAAUAAAUAUUCGCGCUUUCUGACACAGAAUCCCCUAGAAGGGUUAGGUACAAUGGAUAAUCUUUUUCAAUGCGAUAAAAUAAAGCGACAUCGUGUCUAUUUUUCUUUGCUAAAGGGGUAUUUCCAUGGGUUUGCCUUGGUAUCGUGUUCAUACUGUCGUAUUGAAUGAUCCGGGUCGAUUGCUUGCGGUGCAUAUAAUGCACACAGCUCUAGUUUCUGGUUGGGCUGGCUCAAUGGCUUUAUACGAAUUAGCAGUUUUUGAUCCCUCUGAUCCUGUUCUGGAUCCAAUGUGGAGACAAGGUAUGUUCGUAAUUCCCUUCAUGACUCGUUUAGGAAUAACGGAUUCGUGGGGUGGUUGGAGUAUUUCAGGAGGAACUGUAACAAAUCCGGGUAUUUGGAGUUAUGAAGGUGUGGCAGCUACGCAUAUUGUGUUUUCUGGCUUGUGUUUCUUGGCAGCGAUCUGGCAUUGGGUAUAUUGGGACCUAGAAAUAUUCUCUGAUGAGCGGACGGGAAAACCCUCUUUGGAUUUGCCCAAGAUCUUUGGAAUUCAUUUAUUUCUUGCAGGGGUGGCUUGCUUUGGCUUUGGGGCAUUUCAUGUAACGGGUUUGUAUGGUCCUGGGAUAUGGGUAUCCGAUCCUUAUGGACUAACUGGAAAAGUACAAGCUGUAAAUCCAGCGUGGGGUGCAGAAGGUUUUGAUCCUUUUGUUCCGGGGGGAAUAGCUUCUCAUCAUAUUGCUGCGGGUACAUUGGGUAUAUUAGCGGGCUUAUUCCAUCUUAGUGUCCGUCCGCCUCAACGUCUAUAUAAAGGAUUACGUAUGGGCAAUAUUGAAACUGUACUUUCCAGUAGUAUCGCUGCUGUUUUUUUUGCAGCUUUCGUAGUUGCUGGAACUAUGUGGUAUGGGUCAGCAACGACCCCAAUCGAAUUAUUUGGGCCUACUCGUUAUCAGUGGGAUCAGGGAUACUUUCAGCAAGAAAUAUAUCGAAGAGUUAGCAAUGGUUUAGCCGAAAAUCUUAGUUUAUCAGAAGCUUGGUCUAAAAUUCCCGAAAAAUUAGCCUUUUAUGAUUAUAUUGGUAAUAAUCCGGCAAAAGGGGGAUUAUUCAGAGCGGGCUCAAUGGACAAUGGGGAUGGAAUAGCUGUUGGAUGGUUAGGACAUCCCGUCUUUAGAGAUAAAGAAGGACGUGAGCUUUUUGUACGCCGUAUGCCUACUUUUUUUGAAACAUUUCCGGUUGUUUUGGUAGAUGAGGAGGGAAUUGUUAGAGCGGACGUUCCUUUUAGAAGAGCAGAAUCCAAAUAUAGUGUUGAACAAGUAGGCGUAACGGUGGAGUUCUAUGGUGGCGAACUUAAUGGAGUAAAUUAUUCUGAUCCUGCUACUGUAAAAAAAUAUGCGAGGCGUUCUCAAUUAGGGGAAAUUUUUGAAUUAGACCGGGCUACUUUGAAAUCCGAUGGUGUUUUUCGCAGCAGUCCAAGGGGUUGGUUCACUUUUGGUCAUGCUACCUUUGCUUUGCUCUUCUUUUUCGGACACAUUUGGCAUGGCGCUAGAACAUUGUUCCGAGAUGUUUUUGCUGGUAUUGAUCCAGAUUUGGAUGCUCAAGUGGAAUUUGGAACAUUCCAAAAAGUGGGAGAUCCAACUACAAAGAAACAGGCAGUCUGAUACACAUUGUUAUGGUAUCUUUCACCUCUCUUUUUUGAUUUGACAUCUCCCAUCCUUUCUUUGACUCUUUUUCUUUCUUUAUAUGGGAAAUUCUCCCAAAUGACAAAUGAAUAGGUGUGGAAGUUAUAAUUGUAAAUAAACCACGAUCGAAUCUAUGGAAGCAUUGGUUUAUACGUUCCUUUUAGUUUCGACUUUAGGGAUAAUUUUUUUCGCUAUCUUCUUCCGAGAACCACCUAAGGUUCCACCAACUCCAACUAAAAGAAUAAAAUAAUUUCAUUUAAGUAAGAAGUCUCCCAGAUAGGGGGACUUCUUACUUAAAUUAGUCUCCGUGUUCUUCGAAUGGAUCUCUUAAUUGUUGAGAGGGUUGCCCAAACGCGGUAUAUAAGGCAUACCCAGUAAAGCUUACAAGUAAACCAGAUAUGGAGAUGGCGACUAAAGUUGCUGUUUCCAUUUUUAUAGAAUUUCAAGAUUACAAUGGAUCUACGAAAAGAUCGUGUAUUUACAACUACAACGGAAUAGUAUACAAAGUCAACACCAAUGAUUAAAUAUAAUUUAUGGCUACACAAACCGUUGAAGAUAGUUCUAAACCUAGGCCAAAACGAACUGGUGCAGGUAGUUUACUGAAACCCUUGAAUUCGGAAUAUGGGAAAGUCGCCCCGGGUUGGGGGACUACUCCUUUUAUGGGGGUCGCAAUGGCUUUAUUCGCUAUAUUCCUAUCUAUCAUUUUAGAAAUUUAUAAUUCUUCCAUUUUACUGGAUGGAAUUUUAACCAAUUAGGUUUCUACUAACUAAAACUAGGAAGUCAGAGUUUUUCCAUCCAAAAAAGCCUUUCUAGUUUAAGCUCUACAUUUCUAGAUAUUAUGGUAGUUCGACCGCGGAAUUUUUUUGUUUCGGUAUCUCUGGAAUAUGAGUGUGUGACUUGUUAGAAUUGAUCCUAUUGAUAAUACAUAGAAAGGGCCUGUUAUCUCUAUCAAGAUGAUUCUAAUUCGUCAGAUAUUAUUUAUUCUAGUAUCUGGAACACGAAAUAGAUAGAGUGGAUCAAAAAAAAUGGAACUAUGAUUCAUACUCACUAUUAAGACCUCGCAACCAGACUGAAAAAUUCAAGUAGUUCUUAAAUAAAAAUAAAAAAGAAAUUUUCUUCCUUACAAUUUUGUUUGCCCAAAAGACAACUUUUUUUCUAUCGAUUUUGUCGAGUCAUUACACUGAUUCAAUUUCAAUAAAUGAUUAUCAAGCGGUUCUUAUUCGAAGAACCCUUGCCUUUUGUUUAGCUUGAGACUAAAUCAUCGUGGCUCUAGUAUGAAUCUAAGGUUUUAAUUGAACUGAUUCAUAGGAUCACAACAAGAUAAUUUCUAUAUUACGCAUAAAAAAAAAUCCAAAAUAGGGAAGAGAAAAGUCAAGAAGCCUCUAAUGACCAACAUAAGGGAAA